CUGGAUCGUCCUUUUCAACCACUCGUCUGAAUUUCUUCAAUAAAACAAUCAAGAUUUUUACAACAAAUGAAUCAACUUUCCAGAGUACAGCUGUCCUAAGUGAUACUUGGAGUAAAUUCCUCGAAUUGACAGAGGUGAUUAAUUUUCCUUGGACUAUUUCUGAAAUGGUCAACCUUUCUUCAAAUUCUACUGGAAUGGUGGAAAUUGCUCCAAAUAGGUCUGAAAUAUCUUUUCCUUAUGACCAAGGGUUAACCCAACACCUUUUAUAUGCAUUCUUUGCCAUGAUUUGCAUCUUAGGCCUGGUGGGAAAUGGAAGGACAAUUUAUCUCCUGGCCUUUUCCAUUAAGAGGAAUCCUUUCACCACGUUCAUCCAGAAUCUCUCCGUCGCUGAUUUUGGAGUCCUCACAUCCCUCGUUAUGGCAGAAAUAUUUGUGACAGUGUCAACUCUGGGUAAAAUACGUGAUAUUGGUGACACCUUUUUCUUCUUAUUUUUCGAGCUCUUUUUCUUCACCUAUUCUGCUAGCCAGUUUCUCCUGACGGCCAUCAGCCUGGACAGGUGCGUGGCUGUCCUCUUCCCUCUCUGGCAUCGCUGCCAUCGUCCUCCAUAUUUGCCCAGUCUUGUUUGUGGCCUCAUCUGGAUCCUCUCCUUCCUGCUCUCUGCAGUGCACUUCAUUCUGUAUUACACCAAGAGUUCUGGAAGUGCACGUUUUCUUUACCAGCUGAUUGUGAAUGGUUUAUUGUGCACGCCUCUCAUGGUUGUGUCUACUAUAACUCUCUUGGUUUAUACGAGGUCUAAAAUACAACGCAAUCAAAGGAAACUUCUCACCACUAUCUUGCUGGCUCUCCUCUUCUUCCUCCUACUUUCUCUCCCAAUGAAUGUCUUUUAUGUCAUUGAAUAUUUUGGUGCCUAUAAUUCCUCCCUCAUGACCGUCGGAUUCGGAUGUGCUGUUCUCAACAGCAGCAUCAACCCUCUUCUUUAUUUCUUAGUGGGGAGGAAGAAGAAGGGGAAGGAUCAGCCCAGAGCAUCCUUUAAGGUGGCUCUGCAAAGAGUUUUCAAGGAUGAGCAGGAAAGCUCUGAAGAGCAGCAAACUACGGAGGAAAGCAUAUUGUGAAGUGUCGCUAUCAUUGAACAAUCAUUUUAAAAUCCAUAAGUAAUUUGUGGGUUCAGUAAGAAAAUUAUUGUGAUUUAUUGAACAAGCUGAACAUAAAACCAUAUAAACAGAAAAUAUUUAUCUCUGUAUAAUUCUAAAACUGAAUAUGCUUAUAUAGUAAAUGUUUUACUUCUACAAUUCCUUUUUUCCUUUCCUGAUAAAAACUGCUAGAAAUAAUUCUUA